AUGUUCGCGGCACGCCGCGCGUUGUUUGGUUUGGCGGGUGGCUUCGCAAUCACAGACAUGUACGUGAAUUCUGUGUGCCUCUCUGACAUGUACGCGGAGCCGCCCCCGCGUCUGCGUCCUGCGGGUGGGGACUUCAUAGGCAACCUCGUGAAACGGGUGGGUGACUCCCUUUCCGCGCCGCCGCCGCCUCCGCCGCUGACUUCUCUGCGGGAGGACAUUGAGGCCGCGCUGCGGCGGAACCGCGUCGCUGGCACACUCUGCGUCUGCACUUUGGUCUCUUUCGGUGGGAUCUGGCCGGUGCUUGGGUCGGCCGCCGCCAUCCUCUUUGACGGGGAGGAUGGGACCGAGCGCUACACGGCAGUGAAGGACUGGCUGCAGAGUUGA